GUAGGACCUACAGACUCUGGUGUUUCUCUUAUGUACUUCUGUUGUUAUUCCCAGAUUUUCCUGACUACCAAAGUCUCAAAAUGGAACCAAAUUCGCAUAUGAUUCCAGGAUCUCAAGUUCUGCAGCAUUUCCCAAUUCCAUCUGGUCUAAAUGUGAUUGGAAGCCCCAUUAUACUUCCAAGUGACAACGCCUCUAGAUAUCCAGUGUACCCAGUUACCCAAGUUGUGGCAAGUGAUUCUUGUCCACCAUGUGGACAAGGCGGCAUCCUGACUUCUCAAGAUCAUUCAAUGACACAAGUCUCCUCCUAUGAUCCAAGGAGGCAGAGGAAGCACAACAUAUUUACAGAGGAACAAAAGCCGGUCCUUCAAGAACAGUUUAAUAAGUGUAUGUACCCGGACAAGAAACAAUGCAUGACCCUGGCUCAAAGAUUUGGCAUAAAUGAGUAUCAUAUCAAGAUCUGGUUCAAGAACAGACGAGCUAGGUCUAAUCAGAAGAAGACUGGAAAACUUCCUGGGAACCCAGGCUAUGACUGUCACAACAGGCUCACCUCUCCUCAAUGUGGUAUCCCACUUGUCACCUAUGCCAGUGCAGAUACAUUGUAUGAGAGUUCUGAGCAAUCAAAGCUUCAAACUUCUGUUACUAAUGUGAGUCUUCUAAGGACUACAAGUCUCCUACAUCCACCUGAAACAGUAAAGCAAUCAAGUCUCCAAUUGCACUCAGCUCCUGAAAGGAGCCAAUGUCCUACAGUGAGCCUACAACCACCACUAGAACCUGAUCCCACAGUGCAUGCUGGUCACCCAAUACUGUCAACUGGAUCAGAUCCUUGUAAUCACCAGAUGCCUUCAACCUCAGCAGUAGGUUUUAGCCCUGAGGUUUCCCAAGCCAGUAAGUUUCCUUCAAAUGCAUAUGGUUUCCAGCAAAUUUGCCCUGAAGCUCCAAGGAGGCAACGGAAAGAGCGCACUGUGUACACUAAGGAACAAAAAGGUAUCCUUCAAGAACAUUUUGAACAUUGCAAGCACCCAAGUUUGGAGUAA